UUUCUCAUUCGCUUAAACACUCAGAGGGAGAGAGUGGGCUUCUGACAAAUCAUCUGUCGUCAUCUCCAAUUCUGUAUCUUUUUUCGAUCUCAGCCACGUCUCUCCUUUCAUUGUUUCUGUUAAAAAACCUUUUUUUAUUUCUUUCUCUUUAUCACUUCAUCGGUUCUUUAUUAUUAUUGUUAUUAUUAACAUAUUGGAUUCAACUUCAGAUACCCAAUAUCCCAGAUUCAUCUAAAGCCCCUUCCUUUAUAGACCCUUUCAAUCAAAAAGCAACUGGGGCACGCAUCAUUCUUAUUCCUGCUUUGACUGUUGAUUUUAUCUGACACAAAGAAACUGUUGGAUUUUAUUCCAUUCUGCUUCUUCUGAUUCUUCGGCUGCCAGCUAAACUACUAUGGGAGACGUGGCUAAGGACCUAACAGCAGGAACUAUUGGAGGGGCAGCACAGUUGAUAUGUGGCCACCCCUUUGACACUAUCAAGGUCAAGCUCCAAAGCCAGCCUACACCACUCCCUGGCCAGGUUCCCAAGUAUGCUGGUGCAAUUGAUGCUGUGAAGCAGACAAUAGCAGCCGAAGGACCAAGGGGUUUAUACAAAGGUAUGGGAGCCCCACUUGCUACUGUAGCUGCCUUCAACGCUGUCCUGUUUUCAGUAAGGGGACAACUGGAGGCAUUAUUGAGGUCCGAACCUGGUGCUCCUCUCACAGUAAACCAGCAGAUAGUUUGUGGCGCCGGAGCCGGAGUUGCGGUUUCUGUUCUAGCUUGCCCCACUGAAUUGGUCAAAUGCAGGUUGCAAGCACAAAGUGCUCUUGCUGGUUCUGGAGUUGCUACUCUGGCCGUGAAAUAUGGAGGACCUAUGGAUGUGGCCAGACAAGUUCUUCGGUCAGAAGGAGGCGUAAAAGGUCUUUUCAAGGGCUUGGUUCCUACAAUGGCGCGUGAAAUACCUGGAAAUGCUGCAAUGUUUGGAGUAUAUGAAGCAACUAAGCAAUUACUCGCAGGAGGACGUGAUACCUCUGGACUAGGUAGAGGUUCUCUGGUGGUUGCUGGAGGCUUGGCUGGAGCUUCCUUCUGGUUCAUGGUAUACCCAACCGACGUUGUUAAGAGUGUGAUUCAAGUAGAUGAUUACAAAAAUCCAAAGUUUUCUGGUACAAUUGAUGCUUUCAGAAAGAUUCGCGCCACCGAAGGAGUCAAAGGACUGUAUAAGGGUUUUGGUCCGGCGAUGGCCCGAAGUGUUCCUGCAAAUGCAGCUUGUUUCUUGGCAUAUGAGAUGACACGAUCAGCUCUAGGAUGAUUAGUUCAUACAGCAGACUUGAUUGGGGGUAACAUUGAUUCGCAUCUUUCUUUUCUUUACUUAUUUUCUUAGUUUUACUUUAUUCCCAAAACAUUUAUUUCAGGCAUUGCAAGAUGGCCAUAAAGUUUUAUCUUUCUGUUAUUGCUUCAAGUUUCAGCAGUAGUAAUUCAUACAACCUUUCCUUUUAGAA